AUGGCCUCCGACGCUUCUUUCAACCAAGAGACCAGUGGCCUCAAGGUCGCGGAAACGUACUCUUCCCGCUGUGCCGGCAAAACCGUACUCAUCACCGGCGUGUCGCCUGGCGGCAUCGGCGAUGGGACUGCUCGCGCCUUUGCGCAUGGUGGUGCAGCAACCGUGAUUAUCACCGGCCGCGACGACACGAAACUCUCCACCAUGAUCCAGUCCCUCACUUCCGCCUAUCCCAAGACCAAAUUCCGUCCCCUGAAACUCGACAUGAACUCUCUCGCUUCCGUCCAAAAAGCCGCGCAAGAGAUCUUGGACGACUCUUCCAUUCCAGUGAUUGAUAUUCUGGUCGCAAACGCGGGGAUGAACUCUUUCCAAAACGUCCGCGCCGAGACCAACGACGGAAUCGAGACGCACUUCGGCGUAAACCACAUGGCUCACUUCCUCCUCAUUAGUUCGCUUAUUCCGAAGCUCAAAGCUGCAGCGAAGAAGAGCGAACCAGGCGAAACACGCGUCGUGGUUGUGACCUCCGGCGCCACGAUGGCCAGCCCAGUCCGCUUCCACGACUGGAACUAUGAGAACAAGCCCGUGCCCCCCGAAGAAGCACCAGCAUGGGACAAGCUCUCCAAAAUGGUCGGCCGCGACGAGCCCCUGCCCUUUGAAUUCUACAUCGCAUACGGGCAGUCUAAAACUGCCGGCAUCCUCGUCGCCCACCAGCUCAAUAGACUCCUCGCCAAAGACGGCGUCUACACUUUCGCGGUGCAUCCCGGGUUCGUGGAAAGCACCGGCGCGAAGACGGUAAUUCCGCACCUGGACGAGGCGACGUUGCAGGCGUUCGGGUUCAUGAAGACAAUCGAUCAGGGGUGUUCGACGACUAUGGUGGCCGGGUUGGAUCCGGGGCUGAAGCCGGAGAAUGGGUUCAUGUUGGCAGACUGUCAGGUUCAUAUGGAGAUGUGUCCAGAGUGGUCUAAGAGCGACGACGCGGCGGAGAAGCUUUGGAAGCUGAGUGAGGACAUUGUGAAGGAGAAGCUGGGGCAGUAG